AUGCUUUCAAAACGCACCUUCGCAGCAUUAGGCUCCGCAGAGGGCCAAUUACUGCGAACACAAUGGCUUCGAAGUGGACAAUGCGCCCGCUGCUUCCACGCCUCCCAACAACAAAACGCGGAAGAUAACUCGGGCGCCGGCAAUGACAAGGGAACACCUUACAAUGGUACGUGCAAUACACAGACAGCCUACAAUCCCACGACAUGCUGACAUCUCCCGCUCUCAGCGCCCAAGCGAGGCCCUACCCGCCAACAACGCUCCGCGAAAAUCUCCAACGAAAUCUCGAUGCUUCAGCGAGGGCCACCUCCCUCGGCAUCUGUGUCUGGCCCAGAUGAAUUACAAGGUCCCGGUAGUGCGACUGGAACUUACCACGCGCCGCCACAGGCCCCUACGACGAGUGCUGGCUUCAUGGAGACGCCGCAGGAUAUUGUAGGCGAGACCGGAAGGAUGGGAGAGAAUGUCUCUGCGGGAAGAGAAGGACCGAACGCACAGGGAGUUGGCAGACCUGUGAGGUAUGAGGAUCGAAGAGGUGAUGCGCCACAGGAUACGACGCAGCUUGCGAGGGGUGCGAGAGCGGGAAGUGGUGUGGAAGAGCCGAGCGAGGGUGGUGCGAGCGUCCUUGGAGGAGGCGCAGAAUUGAACCCGGGACAUCAUCAAGAAUGGAUCGCGAGAUCUGGAAGACAAGGUUCCGCGAAGCAGGAAGAUAGCCCAUCGCCCAAGUGGAACAAGGCUGAAGCGACAGGAUUGCUUCGGAAACUGGAACGUGAAAGGAGCCUGGGCGGCGUCGCCUACAAGCCCAAUCAAGGACACAGACGUGGCUCUCUAACCAUCGCUGAAGGCACCGAGCGCGACAGACUUGUAGAUCGGAUGCGAAACUGGAUUCCGCGGUGGCGGAAGACUACACCACCGAACGUGAUCGCAAGACUAGUUGUUGGUCGAUACACGGGAACGAGAAGGUCCAAGGACCAGCCGGUGCUCACGAAGCUGAGCAGCCAGCUCAAGAUGAAUUCGACAUAUCUGGGCGUGGAUACUGCGAGGUUUGCGAAGAAAGUGCGGGAAUUGUUGCCUUUGGAUAUGGUGAAGAAGAAGAAGACGCAGCAGCGGCAGGCAAAGCAGUAA